CCUAUCGAUGCAUCUGUUGAAGCAUCAUAUUCAUAUGCUCAUUUGACCCAUUGUUAUCAAAAAUAUACAAAAAAAUUAAUUAGAAAAUUAGAAGAAACUCGAAAAAAUCUUGAAGCAAAUCGUGAAUGGCCACAUAAAUCGAGACCAAUAACAAAUGAUGAGUUGCAAUUUGCAUCAAAUUGCAUAGCACCACAUGCUGUUGCACAAUUAUCAUUAACUAAUCCAUGGCCAACAAGAGAAAUGAGUGGAGUCGAAGUUCUGGUUGAAGAUACAUUUGCAUUUGAUUUAACAAAAUUUUUACCCGUACCAACAGUAACUUAUUUGAGCCUACGACGUACUCCAUCGAUUUUUGUUCGUUACAGUUUUCAUAUAUUGUGGAUAAUAGGUGAUAAAAAACUUGAAAAUAUUGAAAAUCUUAUAAAAGAUAUUCAAAAUUUACAAAAUACUUCUAAAUUAUCAACACAUCUCGAUGAUGAUCAUAAACUAACUGUUGUUCAAACAAUUGAAGAAGCUCAACAAUGGCUUAAAACUAAUCAAGACAUAAUUCGAAAAUCACACAUCAGAUUUAAAGUCGUUACUUUAUGGACAAUACAACAUGAUAAAACGGCCAUUGAUGUUAUUCGUGCUGUUCGUUCAGAAUUAUCACAAGUACCUAUUCUGAUUUUAACAAAUAAGCGUGAUGAACUACAAGCAGCACUCGAAUUUCCAAAUGUUAUUGCAACAGAUAAAGAAUUUGAAGUAAAAGAAUUUGUUGGAGUUAAUCAAGAAACACUAUGGAAUGCAGGUUGUCGAGUAUCACAUAUAGAACCUAUAGUAUCACAAAAAGAUCAUGCAUCACAAUUGCAGAAUGCAGUAACUACAGCAAGUAAGUAA